CCAACUUCUGUCAACGAAGAGUGGUGCGUGAAAAAUGGCGGUUUGAUCUCAGCUCCCCUGCUGAACGAAACAUCUUUUUGAAAGAAUGAAUCACCACCGAACAUUCUUUUCUUGAUCUUUGACAGCUUAAGGGUAUGAGAAAUGCAAGAAAAUUCUUUUAUUUCUAUUCUUGUUGAAAAACUCAACAGGUUGAAAAGGGAUCAAGAAGUACGAGAGGCGCUAUCCGAGUUCUUGGAAGAAUUUAGAAUUUUUCGUCAGAAACAACAAUCAAAACUUUCGACUCACGCCAAGAAGAAAAUACAUACGAGUACAUCUGAACUGCAAAACUGUAGAAGUAAUAAAAGAAAACCAAUUAGAGGAAAACAUCAUAAAUUAAGCCAAAAAGUAGCUUUUCAUAAUCGUUUGCCAACAAUACAUGAAGCCACUUCAAGACACCCUGAGCUGUGGAAGAAAGAGGAAUUUAACUUAAAUGAGACGACUAUUGUUGGAUAUUGCUUUGCUGGAAAUCCUGUACCUUAUAUUACGAAAGUUCAUGGAAAGAAUAUUACUCUGCAGCAAUUCAAAAAUUUGUUCAAUAGAAAAGGUUGUUUCAGGUACUUUUUUAAAAAAUAUAAUAAUGAAUUUGGAACACAAAUAGUAUUUGAAGAAAUCACAAAUGAUGAUGAAUAUGUUCCACUUUGGGAUGGAAAAAUAUUUGCUUUAGUAGAAGAAGUAGAGGACUGGAAGCUGUUUUUAAUAUAAUGUAGAAACUAAUUGAAAUGUUAAUAUUCAUUUUAAUUAUCUAAGAUUGUUAUUAAAGAUAUUUAUUAUUGUUAA